ACACACACACACACAUGACCAGGAUGACUUUGAAACGGCUUUAAACGCUGGACCUCAGGUAGGACACUUUAUUCCUGUGAUACAGACAUGAAGGCCUUGAUCACUAUCUCACCACUGUUUGUGAAGCCUUGAUCUCUCCCCCUUCCCACACACACACACACACACACACAAAUCCCCUUCGGAUGGAACCGAGCACAGGAUCCAAAAAGACAGUAUGGGGUAACCUGCGCCAGAGAGCCAAGCCGCUGAUCCACUACGUCCGAGGCAACAGCCAAAGACACAUCAAGUCGCAGGUCAGGCCAGAGCGAGCCUCAGAGCAAAAGACGAGCUCUUCUGCGGCUGCUUCUCCGUCCCAACCAGCCCGCCAUCUCAGCGUCCCCAGUGCCUCCACACCUGUCAAUCAGCCUGUUUUAGAGGCUGGGGGCUGGGCCCAGCGUUCCGAUUGGCCAGCUGGGUCUAAAGGCUUAUCUGACUGCAUAUCGCAGGCCUUUGUGGACGGCGGUCUUGAUGAGGAACAGGACUUCUUAGAUUGCGUAGAUGAGAUGGAGCACCCUCCAGAAAACUCAGCUGAGAGACAACGGGUUGAAAGACAUGUCCCUGAUUCUCCCCAUGACCCUGUGCAACAUACAGUCCAUGACAUGGCCGGGGAGAGCGGGAGUGUCUGCGACAAUCAUAAGGAACCUCAGAAAUCCUACCUGCUCUCCAUUAACCUGAAGGAAGGCCGAGGCCUCGUCAUCAGAGACCGCUGUGGUACAAGUGACCCAUAUGUCAAAUUCAAGCUGGAGGGAAAGACGUUAUAUAAAAGCAAAGUGAUUUACAAGAAUCUCAACCCAACCUGGAAUGAGUUUUUCUCCUUCCCCAUCCGUGACCUACAGAAGAAACUGCACAUCAAGGUCUAUGACCGAGAUCUGACCACGGAUGACUUCAUGGGCUCCAGCAGCGUGCUCCUGAGUGAACUUGAAUUUGAGAAGACAAUAGAAAUGGUGUUACAGCUCACUGAUCCUAACAGCCUGGAAACUGAUAUGGGUGUGAUUAUCAUUGACAUUAGUCUUUCAGUAAGAGACGGAGAAAACAAGAAAAAUAAGUGGGUUCAGAAGAAAAAGCGAAGUAUGAAGUCGAGCUCGUCCCCGCAGACGCGGCGUCUGGCCGAAUCUAUGAAGAAGAGCCAACUGUGGUCUGAAGUCCUGAGCAUCACGCUGGUGGAGGGACGCAAUCUACCUGACGACGGAUCCGGAGACGUGUUUGUUCGUUUCAAACUCGGAGAACAGAAAUACAAGAGCAAGUAUCAGUGCAAAAAGGCCAACCCUCAGUGGAGAGAGAGGUUUGACUUCAACCAGUUCUUGGAUGGGCCAAACUUUUUGGAGAUAAGCGUCUGGGGAAAAGAUGGCCGGAGAUGCGAGGAAUGCUACGGACAGUGUGAAGUCGACAUAUCCGCGCUGAAGGUGGACAAACGCCAGUUGUUUACAUGUAGCCUGGACCACAGUCGAGGCAAAGUGGUUUUCCUCAUCACUCUGACGAGUUGCAGCGGCGUGUCCAUUACUGACCUGUGUGCGCCCCCACUGGACGAGCCCUGCGAGAGAGAGAACAUGUUAAACAAAUAUAGCUUCAGGAACUCCUUAAAGAACUUAAAGGACAUCGGCUUCCUUCAGGUCAAAGUGAUUAAGGCUUUGGAUCUCCUGGCUGCAGAUUUAAACGGGAAGAGCGAUCCGUUCUGCGUGCUGGAGUUGGGAAACGACCGACUGCAGACUCAUACAGUUUAUAAAAGUCUUCACCCUGAGUGGAAUAAAGUCUUCACGUUUCCGGUCAAAGACGUUCACGAUGUGCUGGAAGUUACAGUGUUUGAUGAGGAUGGAGACAAGCCCCCAGACUUCCUGGGGAAAGUGGCCAUUCCUUUACUCUCGAUACGUAACAAUCACCUGAAUUCUUACCCAUUGAAGAAAGAGGACCUGGGGGGAUUAUCCAAAGGAAGCAUUUUCUUAGAGCUUGAGAUCAUCUUUAAUCCAAUUAAAGCAAGCAUCAGGACCUUCAACCCAAAGGAGAGGAAAUUCCUUGAUGACAAUCCAAAGUUUUCCAAAAAGGUCCUGGCAAGAAAUGUCCUCCGUGUGAGGAACAUCUAUAGAACGUUGAGUCAAAUCUUGCAGUAUAUUAAGAGCUGUUUCCAGUGGGAGAGCGUCCAGCGGAGUAUCUUUGCAUUUGUGAUCUUCGUGCUCACAGUGUGGUACUGGGAGUUCUACAUGCUGCCUCUGUUCCUGGUCAUAUUGUUCAUAUGGAACUAUGCUCACGCCGCCUCUGAGAGAGGCAGCCAGGAAAUGGACACUAUGGAAAGUGAUGACGAAGAUGAAGACGAGAGGGAAUCCGAGAGAAGAGGUUUAAUAGAGAAGAUCCACAUGGUCCAGGAUAUAGUCGUCACUGUCCAAAACUUGUUGGAGGAAAUCGCAAGCUUUGUUGAGAGAAUUAAAAACAUGUUUAAUUGGUCAGUGCCGUUCUUAUCAAACCUGGCCUUCCUGGUUCUCGUCUUUGUCACAGUGAUCACAUACAUCAUCCCACUGCGCUACAUUAUACUGAUUUGGGGUAUAAAUAAAUUCACGAAGAAACUGCGGAAUCCAUAUGCUGUUGAUAACAAUGAAGUGAUGGAUUUCCUCUCCAGGGUGCCUUCAGAUGUCCAAAAGGAACAGUAUUUUGAGCCGAAACACGUCAGAAGAAAGCGAGCUGUCCAGUAGAUCCGGAUCCGAGCUCAUCUUCAGAGACAGUUAGUAUCAGUGACACUAAAAUCCCCAUCGAUUCUCCCUGCUUAUUUAAAUGUAUAAUUAUAUAAAUCCCAGAGUGUUUUAUCUUAAAACAGCUUCAAUGAUUUGUUCAUUUUGAAAUCAGAUGUUACAUUUACAGUGGUAGCUCGGCAUAUGAAUGCAAAUUUUCGCCCUAAGAACUCAAAUUUAGCAAGAAAUUCUCUCGGCAGGCGGAGCUUUUUUGGCAUUCGGUUACACGCACAUUUAGUUCUGGAACUUUUUGCAUUUUGUGCAAGAUUUAGUAGAGACAUAGCACCAUGUUUGUCCCAAAAAUUUUAUCAAGGAUGAAAGGAAGAAGAAAACGGAGGCAAUUUCAAUUUUGUUUUUUAAUUAUAAAUUAAGAUUAAAUUAGGUUUAAAAUAUACUUAUUUAAUUUUAUUUUUAUGUCUUUUCUAAAUAUUUUGUUUUUAGAUGCAAAAAUAUGAUUAUAGUGUUGGAAAUGGUUAAUAUUGGUAAUAUUUUAGGCGGCUGGAAUAGAUGAUCUGCAUUUACAUUAUUUCCUAUGGGAAAAUGUGUUUUGCAAAAAAAAAAAGAAAAAAAUAGCAUUAAGAACUCGCCUCCGGAACGAAAUAAAUUCAUAUGCUGAGGUACCACUGUAUAUAAAUUUGUCUAGUAUUCUGCUUGCUGUGCAACGUUUUGAAACAUAUUCCUACUGGUAUGUCUACUAGUAGGUUAAUACCAAAGAAACUAAUUCUGAGAAGGAUUUGUAAUGAUCUAAGCAGACUUUUAUUAUGUUUUUGUGUUUUAUUAUUAUUAUUAUUAUUAUUAUUACAGUGUAUUAUUUGUAUAGUCAGUAAACACUGAUCUAAGUUUGCUAGACUCUAUGGGCUACAUCCUAAACUGCAAAGUGUAUAACAUGUGCUGUAGAUACAGCCUUGGUUUAAGUGUGCUUUGAUUUUUAAUGAUUCUAAAAAUAGAAUAUAGAGUGCAAUAUACUGCAAUACCUGAUGUCUGUCGGGCCAGGAUGCAUUCUGUGGUGUAGCAGUACAUGUGGCUAAUGUAUGUGGAUUUCACCGUAAGGCCUUCGUGGUGGUGUUUUAAACUAUUCAUCAAUGAUCUAUAGAUUAUUGUAACUUAUAAGAGAUUUACACUUCAGAUAUUUGUAUAUUUUUGUACUUUUAUGGAUUUUUAAUGAGCAUGUGUCAUUAUGAUUCUGAUUGUAAAAUAUAUACGUGUACAUAUACAGUAUGUAUUCCAGAUCUAUACGAAACUUUAAGAAGCAGUGCCUUAUGUGUACUGUAUGCUGUAUAAUUGUAAAUAAAAGUGAUUUUAGGCUGCACUUUCCAAAACAAUUACAUUUCUAUGUAUUACAGAGUUGUGUUCUGGAUUACUGAGGACAUUGCCAUUUGUUUUCCUUGUUUACCAUUGAUCAUACUUUUCAAUCAUUUUGUUUUGUAUGUAACAACAUCUACAACACAUUACAGACUCACUUUUCUUUAUUAUCUGGGUAUAUACAGGAUGAAUGUAUGUAAUGUAAACCUUGAUCUUUUGCACAAAGGAAGUUCACUAAAUUUGACUCACUGUUCGCUGUACGGAGUCCAGAGCACAAUAAACUCAAAGUCAA